CAUGGUGCGUUUUAUACUGUUUUGUGGGCUGUCCAAAAGCCUUCUCUUUGGACUGUCCACAAAACUUCUCUGUCUGGGUGGAUCUAGCUAAGUGCUAGGUGGGGAAGGGAAGAUACAUGUAGGAGAUAGCCUGCAGGUGCGAACCGGAUCGGCACAAGUUGCACAACGGCACUUCGCACGUAGGGCCCAUCGGGCUGGCAGCAUACCAAGUACAGUCGUACUACACGUAGCUAGGUUAUAGUAGGAUCAGGCUAAGUUUUGAUCUUGGCUAUGACAUAUUUCGUCGCAACUGUAGCAAAGUGGCUGCAUGAAUCGAUCUUCUUCCUUCAUAGGAGGAAUGCUUCCAGUAGCCUCUCGGUAGGCACAGAAGCCCCACAGGCAGCAAACUCUCUCGAAGCUAUAUUGCUCACAAAUUCAAACAAUCGCUUUGAAAACCUUCCUCAUCCAUCCAGCCCCCCUCCUAAACAUUUACUGUCACCAUGAUGAAUUCAGUCGCUGAAAUGAUCAAGAAGCACAACAUGGAUGCCAUCUCGCUGCUUCGUAGUGGGGAGAUUGCCGAGUCCAUCCAAACAUUCAAGAGCGCUCUUCGAGCCAUUCAGUCCGGACUACCAAACGAACCAGAUUACGCCGCCUUUGUGGAGCACGAACGCGCUGUCUUGCCCCCAUCUUCAUUGCCACCUGUCCGCACCGUCAGCAUUGUCGACAAUGAGGAAGCCCUGGCAAAUCUCCUUGCCGAUUCCCCUGCGCUGCUUGAUUUCUAUCCCCGCGUAUUCCAGAUGUUGUCUCCGAGCUGUGUCGCCAGUCAUACACGUUCCAUUGUGGUUCUACUCUACAACAUGGCAGUCGCCCUGGACUACCAAGGUAUUCUGGUUGAUGAUGCAAGUGCCGCUCUAACGUUUCAAGCCAGUGCCAGGCAGCUCUACGACUCCGCCUUACAGUUUGCAAGUACCCACUGGGAUAAGGAAGACAUGACAGCCAUGCGAGGUGUGAUCCUGGCCGUCGUGAACAAUCUUGGCCGGCUUCAGUCGCUGCGCCUGGCCUUUCAAGAAACACGUUUCUGCGUGAAAUUGGCCAUGGAGCUUAUGCGAUCGUGGGAUGCAAUGAACCACAUUGACAACGAAGACGUCGUGAAGCUGGGAAUGAGUGUUGGGCCCUUCUACCUCCUCAACAAAGAUAUCCUUACCGUUGCUCCAUCCGCCUAGGGUCAACUUCUUCUUGUAGUACAUGCCUAACUUACAUAUAAUCUAUACAUCUACAUUUU